UCCUAGGAAAAUUAGUCGACCUUGAACAACUCUUAGAAAAAGAGCUUGGUAGUAAAAUGUGGAAAGUCGAAGGUUUCGUGCUUCUCUCAACUUUAGUACUGACUCUACUAAAACCAUCGGAGCAAAUUUCAUGGGAUUGGUCUUGUCGAGUAAAUGAAGGCGUUAGUUUGUUCCCGCAUCGGGAGCUUUGCAAUAUGUACUUUAUUUGCAACAACGGUGUACUUCACAAGGCGAUAUGUCCAUUGGGUUUGAUUUUCGAUGUCUAUUCUCGAAAAUGCGACAAUUCACCGAAUGCAGUGUGCUACUUCCAAAUAAUGAAUCCAAGUACGCAGCCUCCAACCACAGUGUCAACAACAUCUACCACUUUGGCACCAACAACACCUUCGACCGCUUCACCAACAAUGCCACCAACGUCACCAUCAACUUCACCACCAACUUCACCACCAACUUCACCUCCAACUUCACCACCAACUCCACCACCAACUUCACCACCAACUUCACCACCAACUUCACCACCAACUUCACCACCAACUUCACCACCAACUUCACCUCCAACUUCACCACCAACUCCACCACCAACUUCACCACCAACAUCACCACCAACAUCACCUCCUACGACUCCACCAACUCCACCCCCAACUACAACACCAACGAUUCCACCCACGACACCAUCAACUAUUCCACCAACAUCUACAACAACAUUAGCACCGACCACUGAACCAAUCGUCGUAGAACCAACUUGCCCGGAUCGAAAUCUACACUUUUUUGCUCAUCCAACAGAUUGUCAACGGUUCUACGUUUGCUUGAUGGGACGGGUUACUUCGGUAAACUGUCCGGUGGACAAACGGUGGAAUCCAAACUCCAAUCGGUGUGAUUUACCUUUCGGUGCGGGAUGUAACUAAUUCGUUAUAUUAAUAAACUUAGUUAGAGUGUA